CAGAUGAGCGGAAGAGGACGUGGUGGCGGAUCUUCGAACACUAUGCGUAGUGUCGCCAACGCGUUGGGAAUCGCUCGAUACGAUAUGGCGAAAAUGAUGUCACAGCAGAAGAAUGAGCCGCCACAGUUGUAUCCGAAAGUGCAACAUGACCCCGUUCCACUUGAAAUGACGACUGACAUGCUCUACGUAUCCCGUUUAAAAGUUGAACUUGAUCAACGAAUGCGUGAUUCACAGUUCUUUAUUGAAGCAGAGAAAGACGACGAAAUUAAGCGUUAUUUGGAUAAAUAUUCGAAUAUUAAGAGGGAAAAGCUUAGCAUUGAUAUGUCCCAUAUGCCGAAUGAGCUCAUUUGGCGCCGAGCUAGCUCGAAAUCCAAGGAAUCUUUGGCAAAACGACGAAAAGUCGCCAAUGACGAUUCGAUGAUCAAGGAGAAGUUGAAAAAAUUGGAAGAAAAAGAAGCACAGAAUAAGGAUGAUGAUGAUGACGAUGAGAAGGCUGAUAAUGAUAAAGACUCUGGCAGUGAAAAAUCCGCGGCAGAAGAGGAGGAGAAUCCAUUAUCAGAUGAUGACAAUCAGGAGGAGGAUAACGAUUACAUCUCGGCUUACUUUGAUAAUGGAGAAGGAUAUGGGGACGGCGGUAGCGAUGAUAAUUUGGAUGCCGAUGAUAUUUAAAGAAUCUCCGGACACUUUUUUUGUUGUUUUUGUUGUUUUUCUCUCAAUUUUUGAAUAUCAUUGUUAAAUAUAUGAAUUUAUUUAUUGAUUUUCCCUUAAAUUUAACCCUUUUAUUCGUUAUUAGCUUCAGAUUUAACCAAUUGGUUCAGAAAAUCGGUUUUUUCAAGGAAAAAAGUGUCCAAAUAAUGAUUACGCAAUCGCGCUCCAUGGACAACUAAUUGAACGCACCGUUUUCCCGCCAAAUUGAACGCAGCUCCGAUAUUUUUUAUCCUUUCUUGGGGUUUUUUAUAGUGAGAAACACAAUUUUAAGCAAAUAUUUUAUUGUUUUUAAUCAAUUUUAAACGAAAAAUAUAUUAGAAUUGUUAA